CCCUCAGGACUGUUCCUGUGUGAGGCCAGCCCUGGAGACAGACCUGCCCCCAGGCUUCAUGGAGGAAGGACGAGACGGUGAUGGGAAGGAAAAUGCCAUGCAUGGUAGAUCUCUCACCGCUGCCUCCCAGGAUGGAGGAGGGCGAAUGUCUGCAGUCCCACUUGCACAGGGGAAGGUGGAAGGAGGGAAGGUGUAUUCAGGAGAUGGGGUGUUGGGUUAUCUGGAAAUGCUGGAGGCACAGGCUCAUGAGUUAGGCCUGAAGCAAGAAGAGAAGGAGCAGCAAGAAAAGAAGCUCAACAGACUGAAAGCCAGAGUGCAGGAGCUGAGAACCCGGAGGGAUGAGCUUCGGGCUAAAGUGGAGCUGCAGGAGAAGAGGCUUCUUGACAAGGAAGGAGUAGUGACAGAUCCAGCACGGCCCAGUGCCCAGACUGUUCUGGAGUGGAAAGUGAAGAGCAUUAAGGCCAUGCUGCAAGUCUUUUACCUCACAGGGAUCAGUGGGAAGCUGACCAAGCAGGGAGUGUGUUUCUGCAUCAGCACUGCUUAUGAAGGCACCUACCUGGAUUCCUAUUACGUGGACCUCCUCAUCAAGCCAGAGGUGAAGAUUCAACGCCACUCUGUCCCCGUCUUCAUCCCACUGGAGCAGAUAGCCAAGAAGUACCUGCAGACGGACAUCAGGCGCUUCCUGUCCGUCCUGUGGGAGCACCUGAAUGCUUACGUUGGGCGGAGGCACCAGGCAGACCAGUUGGAGGAGCACUUUUCAGACCACAUAGAAGGAACUCUGCAGAGGAACUCUUUGUGUAACUUGCUGGUCUUUAAUUACACCGUGUCAAGUGACAGCAAGACCUUUCCAUUCAACGUGAGGCUGCUUUAUGGAGACCUCUGUUGCAGCCUCCCUACUGAAGCCAUCAUUUCUUGUACACUGUUUGGUGCCCCGGAGCUCCACAGUCAUGGAGGAUGUCUCACAAUUAGAAGGAGAAGCUAUAUUAAAACAUCAACAGCUCAGAAAACCUUCUGGAACAAGAACCCUACAGCUCACCAGGCAGCAGAACUCAGCAGGGAGCAAGCGGAGUAAUCUGUGCCCUCCUUCUAACAGCCAGGAAAGGACUUCAUGUUAGAAAGUGGUACAGGCUGGAGGACAACCUGGAUUGUUAUGGCAAUCACUGAACCUUCCCUGGACAGAGGUGAGGCUUCGUUUUGCCAGCAGCAGGCUGUGCCCUCACGUGGGCUGCAUUAACUCCCCCAGCACAUUAGCAGUGAGUUUUCCAGAAGAUUUCACACCAGUGGUGGCUUUGGACAUCCUGUUUUCUUCCUGUCGUAGCAGAACUUUCCUGGCAUCCCAUCUUUGUGCUUCCUCCAAGUUUGGAUCGGAUCUUGAAAGCUUGCUGUAUUUUAGGAGCACUCUUUCAAUGUGUUAAUUUCAGUAACACAGAACUUUUACUGUGGUAUUUUUAAGAAUCUCCUAUUGAUUAUUUUUUUUUCUAGACUUACACCAGAUGGCUGGGACAUCAGGAUUUUCUCCUGCCCCGUUUUUGCGCCAACACUGCAUGUGCAAACUUCACAGUUUGUUUUUAAAUUGUCUCUGUAGCUUAAGCUUUGUCCAAACCAACCUUUUUAUAUAUAACCUCUGGUGUUCGGAUGUUGCAGCUCCAGGAAAAAUUCCCUGAUGACCCUGGGAAUUGAGUAAUGGGGUAGGGAUCAAAAUCUUGUAUCAUUCUUUCUGUGAUUUCCAGUGUUUUGAUACUCUGCGACGAGAGAAAGGAGCAAAAGCCAUCCAGAGGCAUCAAUCUCCCCUUUGGGAGCCCCUCCAAACCCAGUAUCCCCUCAAAGAGGUGGUGAAGCCCUUCUCAGUAUCCCCACAACCCCAGAACACAGCAGACGCAGAACCAGGCUUUGAAAUUCAACUGCUUUCUAUUCAAGAAACUAAUGGCAUAAUUACACUCUGUGUGCCUCCCUUCCCCCCUGGCCCUGGCAGUGUCACGCUGAAUAACUCAGUCCCUUCUCAGCCAGUCCCAGGUCCUCUUUCCCAUCAAGCAGUGACAGCAGCUGACCACAGCGUGCAUGGGGGGGCGAACAGGCACAGUUAAAAAUAUAAAUGUCAAUCUGUA